GAAGGACAUGGCGCGAGGGAGAAGAGAAGGGGAGGGAAGGAAGGAGCACUGGAGAGCUGGGCAUUCUGUUGGUGUUAGCGAGCGAGCAAAACCAAAGCAAUGUGGAAGUGGAAGUGGAACGUCCGCCUGCUCCUACUGCACCGAUUCCCCAUCCUUUCCUCCGCGACCAACUCUUCUCUUCCAUUCUCUUUCUAUUCUCGCCGCGGAGUUAGACCUGGAAUUUCUGAUGGUCUUAACUGGGCCUUAGCUGGAAAAGGCGUAAUUGUGAUGGAUAAAGCUUUUCGGAACUUGACGCCCUCUGAACUGGGACAGAAAGGGGCAACUAUUUCAGAAUCGUUAUCAGGAUUUCCGUUUCAUGUUAGAGGAAGUGUUCUUGGACGGUUGUCAGAAAUUCCCAAAGCACAAUUUAGUAAGCUUUUACAGCAGGUCACUGUUCAUCUAUCGUCUGUUCCCAACAUUUUUGUUCAUGACGGUGCCAUUGGCUCAUUGCCUAAAUGUGAUGUGAAAGUUCGAAUAAUCAGCGAUGGUCCUUCUCCUGUAUUGUCACUUUCCAGUGUUCUUUGGGAAAUCCCUACCCGUGCAGUUUCCCAUGAUUCCUGCCCAGUGACAAUUUAUUGUGCGACAUCUAUAAGUCCAAGUGCUGGGAAUAUUCUUGGUCUUGGCGCUCAAGGAAAUAAUGGUUUUAUAGUUGCUGAUGUUGAACGUUCGUCCCUCAUUUUAUGCGGAAAAGCCUUCUGUGAUGUAAAGGGAACUAAAGACGCAUUAUGUUCCCUCUCUGGACCUAUCAUAUCUUCACGGGGUGGACUGCCUCUACCUGCUGGACUUCUUGUGUCUGCCAAUUCUGUGGUUCUUUUAUUUGCUCCAGAGGUUACCAUGCAAAGCUGCUUAGAUCUGUUGGUUUCAAGAGAUGGUGUCAUUCUUUCUUCUGAAGGUGUUUCACCUUUAUUCCAAAGUAGAAUCUCUGGGAAGUCAUAUCUCUCAAAGUUACCAGAUGCUAUUAUAUUUGUAUCUUCUGAUUGCAGUUCUGGAACCAUUCCUUCAGCAUCAAGGCUCUCUCCCGGUCAAGCAGCUUUUCACUUCCUGGCAGGCUACCAGAAUGGCACAUUCCUUCCAGCAUACAGCAAGGAUCAUUUACCCAUUAAUCCACUGGAGCUUGCAAAGGCUUUUCUAUCUAAGAUAAAAUACCACCAAAUUUCUUCCUUCCUAAUUAAUGUCCACAAAGGAGAAAAGCAGAUAGCUGGUAAGGAUAGGGGUAAAAGGGGGUGGCUAAACAAUAAGCUUUUACAAGUACAUCACAUUCAAAAGACAAAUUUCAAAGCCUUAAUAGUUCAACACUGGAAUAAUACUCCUCAGGUGUCAUCACCUAGUUGUAUUUUUCUAUAUCCUUUAUGUUGGCUCAAAAAAGUUGACAAAUCCAUCUGGAUCUUGCUUCCUGAAUAUCUAGGCAAGGAUCUCAUUGAGUUGGUGCUGUCAACCAUAUCCAACAAUGUCCCACCAUUUGAACCAAAAGGUGGAGAUCUUCAAGGGAAGUACAAAACCUUCUUAUGCAGUAAAUUUCCAGAACUACCUGACGAAUUCUCUUUCUGAUAUCCUUUUGUUCUCAUCGUUGUUCUUAUCGUGGAGCUACAAAUGUCAAUCGACCUUUUCAGCAAAUCUGUGGCUCUGAAUGUUUGUGGCAUCAUACGCUGCCGAGAGUAUGCUGAAAACCUUAAGUUAUUUCCAUGACCUGCUCCUGGGAGAAAAAGAAAAGUAUAGAAAGAUAAGAUGCAUCCUUUCGUAUAGGGUCUCGCCCUCUUCCUCUGGCAAAGCAUCGAUGGCUGUUCAUUACUUGUAUCACCCCAAGCUAAGCAAUCAUCGUUCCUUUUGCCAGAGAAGUGAGGAUGCAUCUUAUCUCUAUGAUUUUCGCUAAUUAUGAGCUUGUAGUCUCCAUGAAUUGGCUUGAAUAUGAUGAUCCCCAUAUGCCCUGCCCAUCCACGAAUCUCUUUUUACAAUCUCUUAAGAGGAUUUGGUUUGCCAUUAACACUUGCUAGGUUAUGCCUUUUGAAUUAUCAAAUUUGUUUCAGAAGGUAUUCAAGAUACAGAAAUUUUGUGAGUCAUUCAGGGGAAAAUCAGUUCAUAAUUUAAUUGAAGUUAAUUGUUUACUUCAAUGCUGCUUGUAUUUGGUUUCCUUAAAUACUAUUGUUGAAAGAAGAGCAUAAGAAUACACAUUUGCUAUGUUGAAAAAU